CUGGCAGCAAAAGUAGUCCUUACAUCAGAUUAUAGUCUCCUUUCUUAUUGAUAGGACGUAUUUUCGAAAGAAAAAUGGAGGUUUCAAGGCAGUAAUUUUAGUUUAGAAAUUUUAAUGGACCUAAGGGUGUCCAGAGUUGCACAACUCUCCCAGGUUCGUUAUCAGGUAUCUUGGUGCAUCAGUGGGGUGUUGAGGGAUGGAUCCUCGUCUUAUCAGUGAGUUGGAUGCUAGGCGGGUGAUGCAGACCCUUUUUGCCGACCUUCAGAAAGAAUCCAGGCUAUGGAAACCCAUCUACAUACAAACUGAUUGUGAUGAGGGUAUCACUGAAAAGAUGAGAGAUGAGGCUGCUGUGUGGAUUACCCGUCUAACAGCCGAUUUCAGUUUUUUUCCUGAAACCUGUGGUUUGGCUAUUCUUCUGAUGGACAGAGUACUUGACCUUGCCAAGGUGCGAGCAAAGUAUUUGCAAUGUUUAGCUUUCACCUGCCUUUAUAUAGCAGCCAAAACACUUAUGGAAGACGAAGAUAUUCCCUCAACUCCGGAACUUGUGAGGAAAAGCGGAUGUGGAUGCUCUUUUGCAGAAAUAGCCAGAAUGGAAAUGGUUAUCCUCGAUAAGCUCCAUUGGGAUAUAAAACUUCCAUCUGCAGUCGACUUUCUUCACACGCUCCAUGUAGUGACCAUUACACACUACCCCCACUUGACCAGCUAUAAAAGCUUGAGCCCUUCUGAACACCUGGCCAUCCUAAUGCAAAAGAUGAUUCGAUGCUUGACAUGCCACUCAAUACAACAAUUUUCCCCAUCAACUGUUGCAGUAGCACUGAUUAGCCUGGAAGUUCAGGGAACCCCUGCUUGGCUGGGAGUUAUUCAUAUGCUUCAGACUAAGACUAAUGUGCAAACUAUGCAGUUGAUUGAGGCUCGUGAAGCUAUUAAAGAAUUGUUUGGCAUCCCACCCCUCCAACCCGUCACUAAGGGGAGCAGCUGCACUACUGUUCGACCUCGUCAAUUUUCAACAUCUGAAGAGCCACUAUCUAAGAAGCGCAAGGUUGAGCAUGUUUUGUCUGAUGGAGUUGAUGAUGAAAAUAUUUAUGAUGGGAUAAAAAGAUUGUAUGGUGAUGAUUCCAGCAUCGGUGCUUAUGGAUCAGAUAUGGUGAAUCAGAGGGUUUCAUGCGGUUUGGAGAUGCACCAAGAUUAUGAUGAUACCUCCAACCACCUGGGACUGACCCUUCUUGUUAAGUAAUGUCCACUUCUUUGUUUACUCAGAGUGAGAUUUUAACUAUUUAUUUUAUUUUCAUUUGGGUUUUUUAAAAAUUGAAUCUCAUAAUUGAAGUGGACUAGAUAGAAAAUUUUCGAAUGUACCCUAUAAAAAAAUUAUUUAGACCGUAGGUAUUGUCACCUAACCUCUAAUAAUAAGAAAAAGAAUUUGUUUGCCUGAAAUCAAGAGAGAAUGAUUUCAAAUUCCAGUAGAAGUUUUGGUAUUCGUUACAAGUGACUGUUCAUGUAACUGAGUUAUUUACUACUAUGUGUAAAACAAAUAACUAAUUAAAAAAAAAAUUUAAAAUGCAAACUUUUAAAAAAAAAUAUAUAUAUAAAAAAGCCAACAAAAUGCAAUAAGAAAAAAAAGCAUUUAAUCUUUCUUUUUACUUUGAACAUUGUGCCUGUUUAUAUGUAAUAGUAUUUGUUCACUGACUAAGAGGUGUAUUUGAUAUAUUUAGUAAACUGGAAUAGAUUUUCACAAGGUUAAGUGACAGUCAUUUAACUUUUAUAUCUGUAUAAAUAUAUUUUUAAAACUCUCUCUUUAACAAAAGAUAGAUCAUGAGCUUUGGUUAUAUAUUUUUUAAACUCGAGUUUUCCUUUUAGGCGUGGUGUGAAUAUCAGACGCCAUAUAAAUACAGUUGUAAAAUGCACACACUGGCAGCCAUGGAUUUUAAUACGGUCAGCCCUGGAUAUUGUAUCUGAAAUCUUUAAAAAGUAGCAGAUUUUUUAUUCAUAUGACCGAUAACUUCCUGUGUAGAUGAAAAGAAACCUGUGAUUUUUUUUUUAAGUUCAUAAAAUAUUCACAAGACCAAUACACCCCUUGCAAAGUACUGUUCAUUUAUUUUUAAUCAUUCAUGCAGCACUUGAACACAUGAAGUUAGUAUUUAUUUUAAUUAUUUUUUUUCAUUAUGUCUGAUAAGUUUGUAAUUUUCAAUUCAUCAACAUACUUAAUGUGUACAAGUGCUGAACUAUUUUUUUUUCCUCAUUGUGUACAAAUUAUCUUGUGUAAAUUAGAAUUUUGUUGUUGUUGGAGAUGUACUUGGUGUCUUGUGCAAUGGUUCUGUUAUCAAAACAGAAUGCAGUGUUCGGUGUUAAAAAUGUUCUUGCCACUUCAGAGAGAAGACAACUUCGACAGGUGACUGAUCGCUAUUGUAAAUUUUAUGACCAAUAGAGUAUGCUAGUGUAGUUAUUGAAUCUCAUGCUAUACAAAUUUUGUUCACUGGAUAUUUUUGUGAUCACCUUAUGUAUAUAAUAAACAGCACACAUUAACAAAAAUCCCAGUGAUCUGUCUCAAGAUAUAUUCAUUAAAAAAAAAUAUUGAAUGCUGUUUGGCUUAUAAUGGAUAGUUGCAUCGAGCUUUGAACAUUCCAGUCCAUGUUUAAGUAAGCUUGUGUACAGAUCAGUUGGGCAAUAUAUGCAGGACAGAUAUAAUUGCAGAAUUUUGUUUGUGAAUUAUGUAUAUAGACAAGGACUUUGAAAGAGAUUGGUACUGUCUAGAGUGAAAGUCAUUCAUUGUUAAAGACACCAAGUAUUAUUUCUAAAAAUGCAACAAACUAGAAGAUACUGUAAUUCUGAUUCUCAGGUUAGAACAAAUGUACAAAUUCUGAGAAAUCCAAAAGUUUCUUCUUUUUUGUUGCAUUACGUUUUGUUGUCGAGUGUAAACUAUUAAGCGGAAUCAUUCAAGAGGGAGGUCUGACAGCAAUACAAGAUGAUCAUAUGUACGGUAUUAUCAGUUCAUUGUAUCAAUCAUUUAAUCAUCCUCUCAUGGCUGUGUUUUCUUUUGCCAGUAUUUAUAUAUAUAUACAUUUUUUUUUUCUUUAGAAAUAACUCAGUUAUGUUUAAAAUGUUUGUUUUGUAUCCCCCAUCAUGUACAAUGUAAGCAUCAAUCAGAUUUACUGUAAAUGACUUGUUAAUCAAACCUUAGACAGGAGAACAAUGUUUGGUUUUAAUUUUAAAUGUCUCCAACUAGUCCGACUUGGACUUUGGUCAAUCUAUGCUUGGUAUUAUGACAACACAUGGUUUUUUUUUGUCCAUACAAAUUAUUACAGCAACAUUGUAACCCCCAUUCAGGUUGCUUAACGAUUUUCUUUUUAAAUAAUUGAUGAUCAAUUUUAAGGAUAAAGUUAAAAAAUAAAUAGAUGAAUAUUGC